CUGCACAACAACCAAACCGCGUACCAAACAAAACCAAGAAGAAAAACAGAGAAAGGGAAAAGGGGAUCCAGAAGGUGAGAAAUUAAUUUCCCACAGAAUCAACAACAACAAAAAAAUGGGUGGGUGGAGCAUGUCGUUGCCGUCGUUGAUGGUGGGUUUGGUGUUCAUGAUGAGUGCGAUGAGCUUAACAGAGGCACAAUCUGAUGGCACCAGCACCACCUGUGCUUCGGACCUAAUUCCAUGUGCGAACUACCUUACUACCCCUAACCCACCCGCUUCUUGCUGCAAUCCACUCAAACAAACAGUUGCAACCCAACUUCCCUGUCUUUGCAACAUUUUCUUCACUCCUGGUUUGCUUCAAGGUUUUAAUAUCUCUGUCGAUCAAGCUCUUCAACUUAGUCGUCGCUGUGGUGUCACCAGUGAUCUCAGCAGCUGCAAACAGGCUGGGGCAGCUUCACCUUCUGCGUCAUCGGUGCCACCACCACCAGCUACCAAGGGAUCAGGUGAUAAUGGAGGUGCAGGCAGAGUCUCAUUCACCGGGCUUUCUUUCAUACUCUUAUUUUUGGCAACCAUGCUGUUUAAUUAGGAAGGUGGCAGAUUACAUUGAAGAAACCUCUACUAUUUUGAAGUUAUCUAUGUAUUUCUAUACAUUGGCUGCUCAGUUGUUUGAUUGCAUUUGCUUUUCUUUUUUUAUAUAUAUAUAUAUUGUUUUAGAAAACCUGAUUCAUUUGAAUAAAAAGUUCAUUUAGUGACAGUGCAUUGUUCU